AUGUCCGACCAAAAAGCCUUUUACAUCGUAACCGUCUCCGGCGGCAAAUGCCUCGAGAACACCCAAACCGCGCAAGGCGUGCUCGACUGCCUACCCAAAGACAACGACAAGCGCCAGCACUGGGUUCUUGAAACUGGUGAAGAGCCCAACACCGUCGCCUUUAAGAGUUGCGCCGAUGGCCAGUACCUGCGGAACAAUGAGCCGAACAAGAUCAACUGGGGUCGGAUUGGCGUUGGGGAGAAGCAAUGGUGGACGUUGGAGGGCAGCCCGACGCCGAAGUCGUGUUUGAUCCGGUCGAAUGCUUGUACGAGCGGUGCUUCGUAUUUGAACGAUUUUGAGGGCGUGUACAGGGACAAUAAUUACGUGCAUAUGUGGCAGAUGGUGAAAGCUCGAGAGUACUGGCUCGCCUGGUGGAUCGUAGACGCUGAGAGCUCUGCAUCGUUCAAUCCGGUGCUGGAGAGUGGACAGGCCGCUGCUGCAGCGGCAGAUAGUGGAAAAUUGGAGGCGCGAGAGAAGACAGUAGCAGAGAAAGAGGAAGAGCUGAAGAAGCUCGAAAAUCAGAGGAAGAAGGAUAUUGAGCAGAGAGAAGCUGCCCUGAAGAAGAACGAACAAGAGCUUACGAACCAACAAGCCACGCUCAAGAGGAGAGAACAGGAGCUUGCGAAGCAACAGGCGGCUCAGAACAAAGGUGGGAGUGAACCUGCGGCGAAGCCACAGCAGCAGAAGCCAUCAGCGCCCAAGCCUACUCCUCGUGAGUGUGGACACAAGGUGUACCCGCCUCCGAGGAAGCUGGAGAAGAGAGUUGUUGGGUACUUGUAUGAUGGGGUGAGAGCUCAUUAG